UGCUUGAUAACUAAAAGAGACUAGUUGAACAGUUUGGGGCUUUAAAAGUAGUUUAUCUGAUGUAUGUAAUGUUCGGCCAGGUGUAUAAAGUUCUAAAAGAUCUGAGAGGUAAACAGGAGCUAAAUUAUUCAAACAUUUAAAAAUACUGAUAGAAAAAAAUGGUAGCUAUGCCUGUAUAUAAUUCAAUAUUAUAAGAAAAAUCGAGAAUGUCUCUAGAGAAUAUGUUACUGACAACAACUAUGAUCAACAACACAAUAAGUCAGUGGUGGGAAUGAAAUGAAUAGAAAAUGUUAAUUAAGUCGGAAGGCAACAAUUUAUUGACAAUCAUUGUGUGUAUAGUGGUGACGUCGUACUGUCUGGAAGUUUCUUCAAAUCAUGAUCCAAAACCAGGAACAUGUCCAGAGAAAUGUGAUUGUGGUAGACAUCUGAUAUAUUUGCUGGAAAAUCAAGUAUACAUUGUAAAUUGUAGUGGAGUGGGAUAUGUAGAUGUACCGUCUAGAUUGCCGAGCAAUACAAAUGCUCUAUUACUAACCAACAACAAUUUCCAUAAUUUAUCCCAUUUGGGACCGCUGCCAAAUUUACAACUACUUGACCUGUCACACAAUGUCAUACAAUACAUAGAUAAUCAUUGGUUGUUUGAAUACCUUCCUAAUCUACAUAUAUUACGCUUAUCUGACAAUGCCAUAAGAGAACUAAAACAUGGUAGUUUCAGUGGAUUAAAAAAUCUUCAAUCCCUUGAUCUAUCCCAUAACAUUCUUCAGCAUGUGGAACUUCAUGCCUUUGGUGGCCUGAAUCAUCUAGCAAGGUUGUAUCUGGAUCAUAAUCAAUUAACCAAUCUCGACAGAUCUUGGUUCCUAUCCAUGAGUUUAUUGUAUGAAGUGUACCUUUCCCAUAAUCUGAUAAGUCGAUUAGAAGCUAAUGGUUUUGACAUGUUGUCACAAGUUGUUCAUCUCGAUUUAUCCAACAAUAUAAUAAAAACAAUAAACAGUGACACAUUCGCUGGACUUAAUAGUCUCAAAGUCUUAGAUCUUUCCAAAAACAAAUUGACAUCUUUCCCAGUGGAUUGUUUUCAGAAGCUUCGAUAUUUUGAAACAUUAAUUUUGGACUCUAAUCCUAUCAGACGGUUAAAAACUAAAGACAUAUCCGAUUUGAAUAUAAGUGUGUUGUCAUUAAGUUACAUGCAUUUACUUCGUGUAACAGAAUCAAAAGCAUUUUACAAUUUAUCUAAACUAGUUUCGUUAAAACUUCAUGACAACCCAGCAUUCUUGUAUAUAAAUCCAACAGCGUUUUACAAUGUGCCACAUUUAGAAAGACUUUAUUUGCAUAAUAACGGGCUGAUGGGUAUAUCUCCACAUAUACAGAUCUCGCUUCCGAACAUCAAAGAACUACAUUUAUAUCAUAAUCCAUUGCAUUGUGAUUGUAAUAUAUAUUGGAUCAAAAAACAGUUAGUCAGUGGUGAAAUUCAUAACAAAUCUACUAUAUUUACAGAUUCUGAUAAACUAGUGUGUGAUUCUCCCGAUACAAACAUUAAUGUUCCACUCAGACAGGUACCCCUUCCCUCCCUGUCACCAGUGUGUCCUCCCACCACCCUUCCCCUCUUUCAAGAUUACUAUAAUUUAUCUAUAGGACAAACACUGUCACUGGAAUGCGAAGCUUUAGGGGUACCUAGUCCAGAUUUAGUGUGGUUAUUACCUAACGGUCAACUGAACACAUCUGCUCAUGAUCAGCGUAUCAUAAUCAAAGAAACAACCUUAAUAACACUGAAAGGUGUAUUGCAAAGUGAUAGUGGUACAUACGCCUGUAAGGCUUCAAAUGUUCUGGGAUUCGACAUCAGUUCUACUGCUGUUAAUGUAGCAAACAAAGAUUUAAAAAUUGUACCCAUAGGAAUAUUUAGUGACUAUAUAACUGUGGCAUGGAAAGGAACAAUUCCACGAUUAAAUUUGGCAGAUUUUCAACUCAAUUAUCAUACCAAAACAUCAACAAAUCAACCCCAAAAAAUUCAUCUGCAUAAACUGUUACACAGAUAUACAAUUACUGGUUUAAAACCUAUGACAACUUAUGAAGUGUGUUUAACAUAUCUAGACCAAUAUCUGGUGCACUGUCAAAACAUUACAACCAAUCAAAAGACAGCUAUUAAACUUGGCAUUACAAGAAUUACCAAUACCCAUAUCAUUGUGGGUAUAACCAGUUUCAUAGGUUCAGUGUUAACAUUUAUUUUGAUUGGGUAUUUAUGGAAAAAGUUCCACACAAAGAAAGGCUACAUUGAUCCUGAAGGCAAAAAACAUGAUCAUAUGUCACCUAUUCCAUUGGAAAACUUGUACCAACCACCAAGUACACCAUUAUGUUCUUCUAGGACAGCCUUGCUUCCUAAUUCCCAAAUCUAAUUCGUCUCUUUAUGUAAUUAUUUUUCAUGCACAUUUAUUCAUUUACAAUGAUCAAAAAUUUGAACUGAACCGAUAAAAUCAUAAUAAAAAUUACAAAUCUAAAAAAUCCUCUAAAUACUGAAUACAAAAGAAUGUGAGCAAGUAAUUUAUAAUUAAUGUGCUAAAUGCAUCCUACAUGUAUAUGGCCAGUUCCAUUAAUUUUAAUAUGCAUCUUUCUUUAAACCAAUAUUUAUUUGGAUGAAAGCUUUAAUUAACACCACUAUGUUAAUAUGAAGGCAAUGGGAAAUCAUGCUAGAUCAUUCAAUAUUUAUCAUGCUUCAGCAAGAUAUAAAUAUAUAUAUGUACAUGACAAUAUUUUACAAACAAAUUUGUUCUAUCACUGCAUCUCUAUCAUUGAUGAAAUACAUAUCAUAUAAAAUAUAAUGUAAAUAAUCAUUUAUGAUUGUCAGCUCUUUUUUAUUUUACUGAAAACAUAUUUCUACUUUUCACCUUAUGGUAUGAUUAGCUGUGUUUCCAACAUGGUUUGUAUUGAAACUAGUAGCACAGAUCCAUUAUUAUUAUAAAUAAUAGUGCUACAUCUAGUACUACCAUUAAACUAAUUUGAAAAUUAAUAUUACUGGAAUAUGAAUUGAUAAUUACAUAUUCUGUGAAAAAACCAAGAUGGAUUGCCCUUAAUUUUUAAAGUACUGGACAUUCUGAAAUAUCGGAAAUAAUUUUACUUUUGUCACCAUUUAUUUCAUUCAUUAUAUAAAAUUAUAUCUUUGAUUAUAAGGUUAUAUUUUAUCUAGUUCAAUAAUUCAAAAUUAUGUAUAAAAUGAUUUUUAAUGUUUCAUUAUUAUGUAUAUUCCAGUUAUUGUUAACGCUGUCAAUAAAUACUUUUGUAUGAUUUAUUACCCUUUUCAUUAUCUACAAAUUACAGGAAAAUAAUGGAAAACCCCAUCUGAUUGAUGUAUUAAUUAUAAAAAUCCAUAUAAAAUAAAUCUCUAAUCAAUACUGUAGAUAUCAAAGGGAAAUAAAGACUGAAAUGUUA